UUGCAGAGGAAACUGGCUUUUCAGUUUCCUCAUAUAUUCAUUAAGUCUGUUUUGGGAUCUGGAGCCUGGAGAUUUCAAAGAGAUCUGGGAGGGAUGAAAUCUCCAAUCCAGGGUCCGUGUUUUAAGAACCCCCAGCACACUGAUUUCACAGGUGUGUGCAGGCCUUUUUAUAGAGGCCUAACCAUGGUUCUGGGCUCCACCCCCGGCAAACGGAGUCAGGAGGGCUCCACCCUGGCAGACGGGAGGUCUCUGCCUUGGAGUCAGGAGGGCUCCACCUAGGUGAGGUGGAAGCCAGAAGCAGCAAGGAGCUAGCUGU